CGUGCAGCAGCAGCAGCAGUUGUCUUCUUCGUGGAGCCGAAGAGGACGAGCCCACUCGGCUUCAUGCCUUCGUGUGGUUUUCUCCUCCGUCACUGCUGUACGGAGCUCCGGCCCGGUGUCAGACCAGCCACAGCCUGCUGAGAACCGGUUGAGAAAUGUGUCACCCGUGUGUGAGGGAGGCGAGAGACACCAUCUUUAAUAAAACAGAUAAACCAUCAUGAUUCCCAUCACAGAGCUCCGGUACUUCGCUGACACCCAGCCAGCGUACCGUAUCCUGAAGCCAUGGUGGGACGUUUUCACCGACUACAUCUCCGUCGUCAUGCUGAUGAUCGCGGUGUUCGGUGGCACGCUGCAGGUCACGCAAGACAAGAUGAUCUGCCUGCCUUGCAAGUGGGUGGUCAACAAGUCCUGCGAGACCAUGCCCGUCCCAAACGUGAGCGCCGCCUAUGCACCGGAACCCAAAGGCAUUCAGUAUGACCUCGACCGCCAUCAGUACAACUACGUCGAUGCUGUCUGCUACGAAAACAAACUGCACUGGUUUGCCAAAUAUUUCCCCUAUCUGGUGCUACUCCACACCCUCAUCUUCCUGGCCUGCAGCAACUUCUGGUUCAAGUUCCCCCGCACAAGUUCCAAACUGGAGCACUUUGUCUCCAUCCUCCUCAAGUGCUUUGACUCCCCGUGGACAACAAGGGCUUUGUCUGAGACCGUGGUGGAGGAGAGCGACCCCAAGCCUCUGGGGAAGAUGAACGGCUCGAUGGAUAAGAAGGCGUCGUGUGUGAGCGAGGAUGUUGAGGCCAGCGUGCCCAUGCUCCAACGAACAAAGUCCAGAAUUGAACAAGGCAUUGUAGAUCGCUCUGAAACGGGGGUUUUGGAUAAAAAGGAAGGGGAGCAGGCCAAGGCUCUUUUUGAGAAGGUAAAAAAGUUCAGGAUCCAUGUAGAGGAGGGUGAUAUAGUGUACCGUCUUUACAUACGUCAGACCAUCAUCAAAGUAAUCAAGUUUAUACUGAUAAUUAGCUACACGGCCUACUACGUACGCUACAUCAGGUUCAGUGUAGUGUGCACAGUGAACAUUCAGAAACUAACAGGGUACAGCACCUUCUAUUGUGCUCACCCGUUAGCAACUCUUUUCAAGAUUUUGGCCUGUUUCUACAUCAGCUUGGUGGGGGUUUAUGGUCUCAUCUGCAUGUACACUCUUUGUUGGAUGCUCACCCGCUCGCUCAAGCGAUACUCCUUCGAAUCAAUCCGCGAGGAGAGCAGCUACAGCGACAUCCCUGACUUGAAGAACGACUUCGCCUUCAUGCUACACAUGAUAGAUCAGUACGACCCUCUCUACUCCAAGCGCUUUGCCGUAUUUCUGUCCGAGGUGAGCGAGAACAAGCUGAGGCAGCUGAACCUGAACAACGAGUGGACGUUGGAGAAGCUGAGGCAGCGCAUCACCAAGGAGAAAGAGAAGAUGGAGCUGCAUCUGUUCAUGCUCAGCGGGAUCCCAGACACCGUGUUCGAUCUGGUUGAGCUGGAAGUGCUCAAGCUGGAGCUUAUCCCCGAUGUGACCAUCCCGCCGAUCAUCGCCCAGCUCUCCAACCUGAGGGAGAUGUGGCUCUAUCACACACCAGCUAAAAUUGAGGCUCCCGCUCUCGCUUUCCUGAGAGAGAACCUGAAGUCUCUUCACAUCAAGUUCACAGACAUCAAGGAGAUCCCACUGUGGAUCUACAGCCUGAAGAACCUCAGCGAGCUGCACCUAACCGGGAACCUGAGUGCCGAGAACAAUCGCUACAUCGUCAUCGACGGGCUCCGGGAGCUCAAAAGGCUCAAAUACCUACGUCUGAAAAGCAACCUGACCAAGCUGCCGCAGGUGGUGACAGACGUGGGCGUGCACCUCCAGAAGCUCUCCAUCAACAACGAGGGCACCAAGCUGAUGGUGCUCAACAGCCUGAAGAAAAUGGUCAACCUGACGGAGCUUGAGCUCCUCCGCUGCGACCUCGAACGCAUUCCACACUCCAUCUUCAGUUUGCACAACCUGCAGGAGAUCGACUUGAAGGACAACAACCUGAAGACGAUAGAGGAGAUCAUCAGCUUCCAGCACCUGCACCGACUCGUGUGCCUGAAGCUGUGGUACAACCAGAUCGCCUACAUCCCCAUUCAGAUCGGGACGCUCACCAACAUGGAGAGGCUGUAUCUGAACAGGAACAAGAUCGAAAAAAUCCCCGGCCAGCUUUUCUUCUGUCGCAAGCUGCGCUUCUUAGACCUGAGUCACAACAAUCUGACCAGCAUCCACGCUGACGUAGGCUUCCUCCAGAACCUGCAGUACUUCGCUGUGACGGCAAACAGGAUCGAGACUUUGCCCCCAGAGCUGUUCAAGUGCAAGAAGCUGCGUACUCUGAAUCUGGGAAACAACUGCCUGCAGACGCUGCCGUCGCGCUUCGGGGAACUCACCGGGUUGACCCAGCUUGAGCUGAGAGGGAACCGUCUCGAGUGUCUCCCCGUGGAGCUCGGCGAGUGUCGGCUGUUGAAGAGGAGCAGUCUGGUGGUGGAGGAGGACCUGUUCAACACGCUGCCACCAGAAGUCAAAGAGCAGCUUUGGAGGGCCGAUAAGGAGCAGAUUUAAGAAAUAAUCGAGCAGUGAUUUUGUUAGUAAAGAGGCAGGCAAACCUUGAGACGUUUGCAGCCAUGCGGGCUCAGAAAAGCGACGGCUUGGUGUUUGGUUGGUGCUUGGGGCUUCCCUUGCAGGACCUAUAAAAGGAAGGGAUGUCAAAUUUCAAGACCUACAAGGAUGUCUUUUUGGAAAUACAUGGUCGCCAAGGAAAAAAUCUCCUGGUUCAGUAAUGUGGCUUUUCUGUAAUAUCGUCCUGAAUAUAAAGGUGCAAGUAGGUGAUGUUGAAUAUGCAUGUCACUGUAGGACCUUGCUGAAACCAACCUGUUUAUUUGAGAGAGACAAAAAAAAACGUUGCACGAUUCAGCCUAGCCGGAGAGCUAAAUGUGCUCACUAUCACUUUUUUGCUGAUCAUUGGAUACAUGCACAAAUUGAAGAAAGCAGUGUUUGCCUGACCUUCCUCUGGCCUUGAGACUCAAAGUUUUGAAAUUUUUUUACAUUUGCCGUUGCGGCGCAGUGUUGCUCAGACUACUGGCAGAUGUUAGUAAAUGAAUUACAGUACGACUGACAGCCAAUUUGUUGAGGCCUGAAGGUUUGGUCCUGUUGUUUCCUUCAAGCCUCUCUGUGUACGCUCAACGUGCUCGGAGGUAUCUUUUUUUAUGUGAACAAAAUGACUCUGCGAUGAAGAUCGACAGACCGUCCCACAGCUGAUCUCACAGCUUUAGGCCUUAACACAGUCAGAGGACUGAUGAAACGACUUCAAGGAAAGCAAAUGACUCUACAGUACAAUGUCUAAAUACCCUGCAGUUGUUAAUUUAUAACGCCGCCUCCUGUGUGGCAGGCGGUUUCUUAGCUGAAUGGGAGCUGUGGUGGAGAAAUGCAACCAUUCUUCUUGGACUCUUUUAUUUCACUUUUUCUAAACAUCAUUUCACAUUUAGGCAUGUGAAACAGGCUUUAUUUUACUUUGCAUGACUAAACCUCACACACAUUACUGGUGUGUCUUAUUACAGUACGUGAGAUGGGCUUUGUUUCAGGUGGAUUUGGCCUGUUGACACAAAAUCAAGACUUUAUUUUGACUUCAAGAUACAUAAAUUGGUACUUUCAGUAUCAUGUGGGCCUGUGAAACAGGCUGUAUAGCGAUUGGUGCAACAUUUAUUUAUUCGUAACAUGCCAUUCGUACACAGCCAUUGAUUUGUUGUUUUGUUGAAGACUUUAUGGAACAUAAUACGUGUAGUAAAAGAUCUUAAUUGACCUUUGUUCAAUUGAAGGCUGAUAUAUAUUGCUUCACUGGCUAGAUUGUUAUUACACAAGGUGUGGCGCUGCUGACAGGUAGUUUGCUGUCCCUGUCUUAAAGGUGCUAUUGAUAACAUUGAUAAGAUUCAGCCACUAGAUGUCGCAUUCUCCCUCGCCCGUUCCAUUGAAUUUACUUCACAACAAGUCAUUGCCAGGCACUUAACCGUCAAUCUCAGCCAUUUACCCAUUUUUUUCCAAGCCUCCAGGAAGAGCGCCGGGGUUUGAAGCAAAUUUUGUGGUAUUACAACUCUGUCAUAGAUGUUUUUUUUCAUUUAUGUUUUUAUUUGUCUACAUGAAAAUGUUAUCAAUACAACCUUUUAACGUUACAGGGUCACAAACAUUCAUAAAUCUCCCUGUCAGAGUUGAUUACUUUGUCCUUACUAAACAUAUGACAAGCUUGCACAAUGCUAAUCAUACAACCAUAAUAUAUGUAGACCAAUAAAACAAGCAAGAAUCACGGUACUUUUUUUAUACUAAGUAUGAUUUUGAAUUAUUAGACACUAGAUGAUUAUUACCUCCAAGUGGUUGAACUGCUUCAGACAGUCAGGGAGAGUUUUAACUAGCUGCGGGGUACUGCUCGUUUCUAAAAGCAAAGUGUUGGAGAUUCAAGAAGUGCCCUGCUGUUUGCAUGCCAGCUCUACAAUUCAUCACACUCCGUUUACUCCGGGCGUAAACUGGACAUUUGUUUUGUUUAUCUGUUCAAGAGCGAAAUGAGGACAAACAGGAAACUACAGAGAGGAGGAAACUGGUUUUGACCGACCUAAACAAGGGAAACAUUUAUUCGCCGAGAGAGUGUAUGCCGAAUAUGUGAUUUCCACGUUCACGGUCCAAAUUAGUGCAACAUGCUUUUGUCUGCUUGAAACACUUUUCUUGUUAAGACCCUGGAUUUAUUAGCAUCAUUUGGAGUAACCCUGCUUUGUUCACUCCAGCCAGGCAUCUCGUUGCUAAUACGGCCUUAUCUUUUACAAGCCCUGUUAAUGAAACAAACAAACUUUCAUUUUGUGUGUUGUAAAAUGUAUAGCUGAAAUGUUCUUUGUUUCAUACAUAUCAGUCAUAUGGUAUGUGGUCUUAUCGUUACCAGCUGUUUCUUCUUGAUUUUAGCUUUUUUUUUUUUUUUAAAGGGAAGUUUCACUGUAACAAUACAAUUGCACCUUUGUUCACAGUGAAUUGUGUUUCACUGAUGCCCUUCUCGGGGUCAUUAGUAAAUUGCUCCUGCUCUGAAAUCAGUUUUACAGUUGUAAGCAAAGGUCACAGACAAAGUGAAAAAGGAGCAGAUGAUACCAGAGAAACACAGUAAUUCAAAGGAAAUCUCAGCUUUUCGAGCAUGCAUAAACGUUUUAAAACGCAAACGUUGUUUUAAAGUGGCAUGUCCACCUUGAUACGUCUGCUCUGGUUUCACUUUUGUCACUACGCUCUGCAGAUAAGUGACCUGUUGGAUGCCAAACAAGGAAUGCAAAUGGAUAACUAAUUGUCCUUACUAGCACAUUAAACUGCAAAAUAUCUAUAUCUUGUAGUGCAGUAGCUGGCCACAGAUAUAGGGACAUGUUGUAGGAUGAUUUGUACGUUAUUCUAAAGUACAUCUGAUAUGGUAACAUGGCUCAUUUGUAGUGGUGCAGUGCAGAUGCAAGUGCUGCUGACACUAAAAAUCUCCCUCCUGCAGUGCACCAGAGUGUCAAAUUAGGACGUCCAAACAAUGCCCGUCAGUUAUUGUAUCAAGUGUCUUUUGGCCUUAACUUGGUGGUCAUUAGAGGUUGGAUAGUCACAGAUUAGUAUGCUUUUUCUGACCCUAAAUUUGUCCUUGGUACAGCAGUUAUAGUAUAUUUUACUCUUGAAGUUUAAGAGUGCCAUAGAAAUCUUUCUCAGGUCAUCACUGGGAAGUUAUUCACACCUUAGAUUUGCUAAAAUGACUGUACACAUAUUGAUAUAUUCUGUCCUUUCUCCAUUCCAGCUCUAUCGUGGUUAGUCUACGUCAGCAUCAAGACACAUCUGUAGUCAGCCAAAUGUCUCUGACUCUCACUUUGUCCUGCUAACAUCAGGAUUUCUAUCCACUGACCUCCAGAGCUCUGACCAUUGUCACUUCCCUCUGAGUCACAAGAUGAGCACAUUAAAACCUGCAGCCGGUUUCCCUUUUCAUGCACGUCAGCGUCAGUGAAUCGGGUGAAGGUCUGGGCUGCGGUCAGUCAAAAAGAGGACGUUUUAGUGACUAAUAAACUGCCCCUUGGUCACUUGAAAACUCUUAUGCCAGCACUUUAAUUAGUAUCCCCGUCAGAAGUGGCCCCAUUCUCAUCUAAACACCUUAUUAAAAAAUCUGAAUUAUACAAGCUUUAUUUCUCAUUCUGUGCAAAUGCACCAAAAAAAAAGUUUUGUUUUGAACUUUUGUGUUGUAUCAAAAAUGAUCUGUUUUUGUUAUGUAUGCCUUAAGUAGUGUAUUUUGUGUGAAACAGCGUGAUUGAUCAGUUUGUUCUUACAUAGGAGUAACUCAUUUGGAUCCACAGAGCAGCCGACGGAGAGAUGCCGGUUUCUACGGAAACGGCUCCUUUCCCCAAAAACAAGGAUUUCACAAUUCAACCCUAUGACGACCAAAUGACAAGAACUCAUGACAAUCUAACAUAUGAAGGCGAGCUCAGCCACACACUGUUAAUAUCUGUAAUAUUUCUAAAGUGUGUACAUUUUUUUCACUUGAAUCCAGAAACAGCAUUAUUUAAAAGAAGGGAAAAAAAACCUGCCAUGAUUGCAUUGACAUCUAAUCUCUACCUAUGUAUGAAAUGUUUCUUUAAAUACAUGAUUGUAUUUACUGUGUACGACUAAUUCAUCUCUGUAUUCUGGUGCCUGUAGAUCAGGGAUACAUGAAAACGGUUCAUAUUGUUUUGAGGUUCAUAUCCAUUUACAUCCUGCAGCAUGAGUUUGUCGAUGCUGAACUUGCGGGCGUUAUAGCCAUACUGAAAGCCACCCACACAACCCCCCUAGCAGCAGUCAUUGUUGAACUGUAAGAGCUGGAUUGACAGACUCGUUUUAAUCAGCACCGUCUGUAUCACACGUGACAAGGCCUUUAUUAAUUAAUUGUCGCCAAGUGGACUGAAAACUGGCUUUUUAAGCGGGACGUCUGUAACAAUGGACAGCUGAACAUUUUAUUUCUUAAUGUUCAGACCCUACUUUUUGUACGAUUCUGACACAUGAUAAUGAAAUAAACACUUAACACUAAA